CCACAUUCUAACGUCACUCGGAGGCUCUGAUUGGUCAGCGGGGAUUUGUUUUGCACUACCCAGACUUCCUCCUAUGCGUGUUUUCAUAAACAAAUCGCAUUUUCCCUCCCGCCGAGGUCGCUGCUUUCGCUCCUUGUCAGCCUGCCAGCUUUGUCGGCGUCCAGCUCCACUUUUAAAGAAGGUCGUUUCGGAACUUUGAGCGCUGGUUCUGGUUCAAAAAACAAAAGAGAGACGCGGGUAAACGGGCUCCGCUUCAACAGCCAGAGCUGUCUGUCCUUUUUUGUGUGUCCGAACCGCCAACGCGUGGUCGAUCGUUUCUCACCAAACUGACCGUUUUUCUGCCUUUUACCUGAAGUUUUUCAGCUGCCGGCCACACCAGUCCGCUGUCUAGACUGUGGGGAGCUUCGGUGUUUUUAGACAUGGUGAAGCUGACAAAAGCCAAGACGUUCCAGGCGUAUCUGGACUCCUGCCACCGCCGUUACAGCUGUGUGCACUGUCGCGCCCAUCUGGCCAAUCAUGACGAUCUUAUCUCCAAGUCUUUCCAAGGCAGCCAGGGCCGAGCCUACCUCUUCAACUCUGUGGUCAAUGUCGGCUGCGGCCCUGCUGAGGAGAGACUGCUGCUCACGGGACUUCAUGCUGUGGCUGACAUCUACUGCGAAAACUGUCACACCACGUUGGGCUGGAAAUAUGAACAGGCCUUUGAACUGAGUCAGAAGUACAAGGAGGGGAAGUACAUCAUCGAGCUGUCCCACAUGAUAAAGGACAACGGUUGGGACUGAGAGGGAAAUCUUCGUCUUUCGUCAUGACUUUUUCACAAGUUGCGAAAACGGUUCCAGUGUAGCUUCUUCAUCCCACGUUCGAGCCAUCGCUGUGCCACACUUUCACUUCAUACAGCUUUGCCAAGAAUAGCAUGUGAUGCCUUAUCUUUAUCUGUUCUUCGUGUUUUGUUUCCUUUUUUUUCCAGCAAGCACGACAACACAUUUGCUGAUAAUGCUGUCCUAAGUGCUAGUUGUGCAGGAGGACAUGGAUUGAAUGAGUGCGGGGUUUGCGCGUGAGAACUUGGAGAUGUAGUCACACGGGGCACCAGUUGGUGUUACAUUUUGAGCACGCCUAUUAGCGAUUAAACCACUGAAACGGCCUCGCCCCGUGGUGGGCAGGCCGGUGCAAGUCAAAUUAUCUGAUCUUAAACACUGGAUGCAGGUAUUUGGGUUUUCCUUUUGACUUUAAGGUGCAUAUUUAGAUGUAAAUGACCCAAACUGAGUGAAUUAUUUAGGCUUGUUUAAUCCAGAGAUCCCUUCUUUUUUGAUGUGAGGGUAUGGGAACGCUUAGAGAAGCGGGAUGGGCUUUUUUUUUUAUGAGUUAAUGUUUUUAAGAUUAGUAAAACUUGUUCAUAUUUUGCCUAAAAAGCCCACAAACAUCUUGUAAUUCAUAAUCUGGGGUAAGUCUUCCUCUUGAAGGUCUACCUUUUAGUGUGUGUUUGGGUGGGAAUGUGUAUGAGUGCAGUGUUUGCUCAUAAGUCUUAAGCUGGAUAGUGUUGAGAAGCAUUGAUCUGGAGUUGAUUCACAUUUAGAUUUUCCACUGCACAUUCGGGAUAUCUUCACUCUUAAUGCGGAUCCUUCAUAUGUUUGUGACCUAACACUAAAGCAGCCCUUAGAUUUCCUAGAUUGUGCUAGAGCAGAGUGUGAUUUGGGUAAUGUAGCAUAUUUAUGGUGAUUUUUUUUUUUUUUUAAAUGUCUGCUUCUUUCAUUAAAGUGUUUUUUAUUUUAACCUGAUAUUUCAUUAAAAUACAGUAUGCCAGUAA